AAUUGGUGAUAUGCUUUGAAAAUAAAGCAAUUACAUGUUUGCUUAUUCGCUGCUGGCUCAUUUUCCAACGUGAAGUUGGUUGCUUCAAUUGUGCACCCGACACACUAGACAUACACACAAAUACAUCGAAAUCAUACUGUGAGCAGUACAAAUACACGCAGGCAAUACACAUUGCGCUGCCCAGUUCAAUGUUGGAUUUUCACUAUUCGCCUGCUGUGAGUGUGUAGCCCAUACACUUCCAAUGUUACAAAUGUACAAUUUUUAUAUACGGUCGCAUCAUUUGUAAACUUGUUCACAAGCUGUGAGUUCGUAUUCAAUAUGGCGGCGUUUACAAAGAACAAAGUCGAAUAAUUUUGCAGCCGUAUUAACGUUGAUGUUGUUUUCAUGACAAUUAAUUCGCUAGAAAGGCUAUCGUUUUGGCCGCAAACAUAUUAAUUAAGAGUUUCGCAUUAAUGGUAAUGCAUGCUAGAAAACCACAACGUUUGAACGAUGGGUACUUUGAAAAGCAUCAAUCCCAUCCUUAUCAGAGUUCGAAAUAUAGUUCCAAGAACCGGGACUAUGAACGAGAGGCUAGCAGUAGGUCAACAAAUUAUAUACGCGGCAGCGAACGUGAUUUGUCGCCGAGCAGUAAUGUGCCAAGUGGCGCAUUAAAUGGUAGUUCAUAUCGUUCAGAUUCGCCCGAUUUGGAUUCGCCGCGUGAUAGUCGAGACCGUUCGGAUCGUUAUCAAAGCUCUAGUUAUAUAAAAAUUAAAGACCGUGGUAGAAGUGAUUAUAAAAAAGAAAAAUAUAUAGACAAACGUGAUAGAAGAGAUCGGGAUGCUGAGCAUCGAACGAACCAUGAUCGAAUCGAGAUGUCUAGCAGCAGUCGACGUUCUUCGAAACUCAUGUACCAGCCAUCAGACAAACGUUCAGGUUCAAGAGAACGUGAUCGGGAUCAUCGUGACAGAGGAAAUGGGAGCAAUAACAACAGUUCAAGUGACCGAAUAAGUCGAUUGUGUGACUGGAGUGAGCAUGUCAGUUCGUCUGGUAAAAAGUAUUAUUACAAUUGUAAAACGGAAAUUUCACAAUGGGAAAAACCGAACGAGUGGCUGGACAAAGAGGAUAGGAUGCUAUCAAAAGAACAGCAUAGGGAAUACAGAGAUAAAGAACGGGAUAGAGACAGAGAAGACCGAUUUGCUCGAUCUUCAUAUGCUAAGCAUUCCAGUUCACGGAACUCCCGACUAAGAUGGCCACAUGAUUCAGACAAUGUACAAAGCCAUCGGAGGCGUACCGAAGCAGACAGUCAAGAUAAUAUGGACAUCAGUCCAGGUGAUUCAACUCCAACAUCGGAGGCAAGCUAUUCGCAUUCAAGUACACCAAAUGCGCAGCCACAAAAAAUCGUCGAUGGUCCAGUAUUGUUGGCGAAUGCCCGAUUAGCAUCGCAUCCCUCAACGCCGAACAAUGCACAGCUGAGUUAUACAACGUCAUCAUCUGCUUGCGCUAUUAAUACUUCAUCGUCAUCUAGUUCUGCAUCAAAAUUAAACAAAAAUUCAGAAAGUAAUUCACUGCACAACUCAAAUCUGCCUACAUCAUCUCCUUCGACGGCCCUGAUACACAGCGCCAAUAGCACGACUAGUAGUAACAGUAAUUUAAGUAAUAAUCACAGUGGUCAACAUAAUUCAGCGUCGCUAUCAUCGUCGCCGUCGUUACCAGUAACGUCAUCAAAAAAGAACCAUCAUGCUGACAAAUCGAUGGGUCAUUCAAAUGAUUCAGCUCAACAUUCCGGACUGAAUAGUUCCGGUUUGGGCGAUGGAAAUAAUCAAAUAGCGAAUAAUAACACUAGUAAUUCUUCAAAUAGUAUAAGAGAACAUGCAUUACAUUCACCGUUGUAUAAUUUGCCGCACAAUUUAUCGGCUCUUAAUCAUUCGAGCAGCGGUAAUGGUAGCAACAGUACAAGCGGUCAAUAUGUGCAAUCAAGCAUGAUGACACCACAAUCAACUGGCUUAGGUAUUGGCAUUUCGUCGCAAUUCUCAGCGGCUGGACUAAAGUCUGAUGGUAGUAGCACUUUAAAUGUCGGCGAUGGUCACGGUCCGCCGACACCAACUCAAGAGCUCGAUAUGACGACUGAUCAUCGUAAAUUGGAUGGAACAUCUGCGUCACUGAGCAGCCUGCAAGGUGUUUCGUCUCAAAUGCUUCGACAUCAAGGUCCGAGUCUCACACCAAGCUUAGCUAACUAUUUUCGUGCCGAUUUAAUCGCGCAUGUUACCAAUUGGCCUGCUGAAAUGCUAGAGAAACAGGCGCAAUUGGCAUCGGAUGAAGCAAACAUCAUUGGGAAUUUACAGUGUACUAAGGUGUCGGCAGAUCUAAAAUCGGCUCGUAGCGUAGUUAGAAUCACAGAAAUUACAGCAACACUACAAGAACAAAAAGUACUGUACUUGCAAAAUCAAAUACGACGAUUAGAAGAACUCAAAUCACAAAAUUCAUUUAUGUCUGAGGAUCUAUAGCCAAUUCGUGUCCGCGUUAUUAAAUAUAUAAAUAUUAUACAACAUUAUUAUAAUGAUAAUUAUUAAAAACAAAAAAAAAAAACAAAGUAAUAAAACAAAGUAAUUUACAAACUAGAAUACGGAAAACAAUGAGAGAAAAAGAAAGAAAGAAAUCAUAAAAAAAGUGAGAAAAGUGCGAGCAUCGCAAAACAACAGAGGAAGAAAAAGAACAUAAUAAUCGAUAUAUAAAAAUGAGAGGAGUGUGCAGCAGUGUAACUGGCUACUAACAAAUUAUCCAAAAUCUCUUGGGCAAUGUGUGUGUAAUGUGUUUCGCUGCUGCUCAAGAUGAAAAAUUUAUAAAAAUAGUAACUCUUAACUGCAGAAGAAAACAAAAAAAAUGGAUAAAUCUAAUUGUAAUUUAAAACAUCAACAACACGGAAAAUAGUAACAUCAACCAAAAGAAAGUCUUUAACAUCCACCAAAAUAUGAAUGUAAUAUGAAAUGACCAGUUUCCCAUCGGUGGCAUUUUGACUCUCCGCAUCAUGAAAAACAAAUAAUAGUGGACAUCUAUCAAUCAAGUAAAUUUAUAAAAUCUAUUUAAAAACAAAAAUGAAGCAGAAAAAAACACUGAAAAAUUGCAUCCAAUCAAAACUACGAACGUAUUCGAGACGAACAAAGAAAUUUUUUUUUUAAACAAAGUUAAACAUGCAUUCGUUUGCAAUCAAUAGACAAUUGUUCAGGAAAAGUUUAAUUCGUGUUUUGUUGUUAGAAAUCAGACAAUUCACGUUACUAUGAAGUAGAUUUCGGUGAAAUACAUUCACACAAUUUUUAUCACUAAGAGUUUGAUAAACCUUUAAAAUCUCUAGAGAGCUCCUAUUAAUCUAAUUUUACAUUCAUUCGUUUUUUAAGUUAAAUUCAUCACUCUCACUGGACUAUGGAAAAAAAUAAUUUGUAUAUUUGGUACAAAAGAAAAAAAUAUAUUCAGUUGAAUUUUGUCAAUCGUUUUAUUAAAGAAAUGAGACGUAUUUCUUGUAUAAAUGACUCCAUUUCUUAUUUUGAUUGUUUAUUAGCAACUAUAUUUGAUUGUUCUGUGAACAAACCACAACCACUUUUGAUGAUCUAUUUCAUUUAAUUGUAAUUUUAUUUUGUAAAAUUACUCGGUUUGGAAAAUUCAUUCAUAAUACGAUUCAAACAUAAGGAGAAAAAGGAAAAUAAAUGUAUUCAGCGAUGUUUUCAUCUAAUUGAACGUUUCGUGUUUGCUAAUAGAGUUUAUAUAAAGUGAAAAACACAAACAUA